GGAAUAUUUGGACCAUAAUCGCCUAAAAUUACUUCUAUUGGCUGCAAAACAUGAAGAAAACACGAUAUAAAAUUAAAACCACUCAUUGUCAUUAAUUUAGUGAAGCUUGGAAUAAAAAGCUAAUUAAACACCCUUUUCUUCUUCUUCUUCUUUUUUUUUUUUUUCCUAUUCUAUGGUAUCAAUAAUAUUGACUACUACCCUCCGCUUAGUCUCCCCUGUUUUUUUCCCCUGUUUCUUCCUUCCCCUGGUUGCUGGACUUUGGGAGAACACAUCCUUCGAAUAAGGCUAACCUUUCCCAAGCAAUCUGGACUUCUAAGAUUGUCUUGUUGAUCUUUCGUGAAAGAAGUCCCUUAGCUUAACUUCUGCUUUCUGUUUUAAUUUUGUUAAUUUAGACUCCUUGUUUGAUGACUUAAAUAUCAGCUUAUAUGGUUGGCGUUGUUGUUUCUGCUCUGUAAUCCUCCUGUGGGAAGCUUUUUGCGCUUCAUCGCAAUCACCUCUUACCCAAAAAAAGUCAUACUCUGCCAAAAAUAAAUUUUGGUAGGACACUAAAAUAAUUGAGAACCUUAUUUAAAAAUAAGCCAACAAGGCUUUUACACUCUUUUUUUUUUUUUUUUUGGUCAAGAGAAUCGAUUACAUGAGUAUCCACCAAAAUAUGAAGAACAACAAGAGAUCAGUACUGAAAGUAGUGGAGAAGCACGGUCCAUGCUCUCAACUCUACAAAGACGAAACCACUAGAGCACCAACUCCGGCUGAAAUUCUGGAGCAAGAUCAAGACCGCGUUAAUUCAAUUCAGUCCCGUCUUUCCAAGAAACCCAUAGAAACUGACGCCACAACCAUUCCGGCCAAGUCCGGCGAGACUAUUGGCUCCGGCAACUAUAUAGUGACGGUGGGGCUUGGCACACCCAAAAGAGACUUAUCUCUCAUAUUUGACACUGGCAGUGAUAUCACUUGGACUCAAUGUCAACCCUGCAAUGCAAGCAAGUGCUAUAAACAACACGAACCACUGUUUGACCCUUCCAAGUCAACCUCUUACACCAGCUUUUCAUGUCGCUCCCAACAAUGCUUGCAGUUAGCUUUAUCCAAAGGUAGAACUCAAGGUUGUUCUACUCCUACAUCUCCGUGCAUCUAUGGCGUACGAUAUGGUGAUGGUUCGUACACCGUCGGAUACUUUAGCAAAGAAAGGAUCACAAUACAGCAAUCCGAUGUGUUCGACAAUUUUCUCUUCGGAUGUGGCCAUAACAACCAAGGUCUUUUCGUGGGUGCUGCCGGGUUGUUGGGCUUGGGCAGAAGCACACUCUCAUUCGUGGAGCAGACCGCUCAGAAAUACAACCGCAUCUUCUCCUACUGUCUACCUCCCACUUCCAGCUCCACCGGAUUCUUAUCUUUUGGCAAAGACAACGAGGUUUCCGGCGAUGUGAACUACAUACCGCUAUCCACAGUUUCCCGGAGCUAUUCCUUUUACGGCCUGCCAUUGGAAGGAAUAAGCAUCAAUGGACGUAGAGUAUCCAUUCCAGCAUCGGUGUUCUCAUCCUCCGGCGCGAUCAUUGAUUCUGGAACCGUCAUAACUCGUUUACCGGCGACGGCAUACAGUGCCUUCCGGUCCGAGUUUCGGCAACAGAUGGAAGAUUAUACGUUGACAACACCCGCGGAAUCUUUAUUGGAUACUUGCUAUGACUUCAGUGGAAAUGACAACGUGAAGAUUCCGCAAAUAAGCUUGUUGUUCGGUGGUGGAAAUGCGGUGGAAUUGGAUUCCAACGGUGUAUUUUAUGCCCUGAGUGAUUCUCAGGUUUGUUUGGCGUUUGCUGGGAACAGCGACGAUAGUGACAUCACGAUCUUGGGGAAUGUCCAGCAGAGAAGGUUGGAGGUGGUGUAUGAUGUUGGUGGAGGGAGACUUGGAUUUCGCUCUGCUGCUUGCUAACUAAUUAAUAAUAUGGUGAAAAAAGAAUACGGAUAUGGUUUAUAUAAAUAUGUGUGGCAAUAAAAAGACAAGGUUGGAGGUGCUAGCUUGUGGCUGAUUGAUUAUUUACGUUUAUGUUAAAAUGGAAUGGCUUUGUUAUAUAUAAUUUAUGAAUCAAUUGGAUAUAUAAUGUGCAUCAGUGGGGCUUGUAAGUUUGUUAUUAUUGUUGUUGGCUUGUAAAUGAAAUAAAUGAGUGGUUUUUUUUUUUCUUCCUUC